CAGCUGUGAGGAGCAGAAAGAUCAGGACGCCAGCCAUCAUCCACCAUGCAGCUGCUAUCUCUGCUGUCUCUGAUACUCAGCCUAUUAUGCUGCUGCUACACUGCUUCAGUGUUUGUAGGGCGGAAUGAAGCCCAUGGAGUCCUCACCAGGACCAAGCGAGCAAACUCUGGCUGGUUUGAGGAACUGAAGGUUGGCAACCUUGAAAGGGAAUGCUUAGAGGAGAAGUGCUCUUAUGAAGAGGCCAGAGAGGUGUUUGAACACACUGAAGCCACGAAUGAAUUCUGGAAAAUUUACAACGUUAAAGACCACUGUCAGUCGAAUCCAUGUGAAAACAACAGCACUUGUUACCUGUUAAAGGAGUCCUAUACAUGCUUGUGUGCACCAGGUUUCAGUGGACGUAACUGUGAGCGUGUAAUAAAAGACAUUCCUGACUCCUGUCUCCACAACAAUGGAGGGUGUGAGCAUUUCUGUGAGGAGAACAAUGGUGAGCGCUUCUGUUCCUGUACAGACGGGUACUUCCUUGGGACAGAUGGUCAAGCCUGCCUGACCCAAGAGACAUUUCCCUGUGGUAAGGUGCCGCUCCUUUGGAUUAAUAGCACAUAUAGGAAGGCGCAGCAGGAGCAGGACCCAAGGGCUCGAAUAGUCGGAGGAGAAGAAUGUCCUAAAGGUCACUGUCCCUGGCAGGUGUUGCUGAAGUAUGGAGAGAAGGGCUUCUGUGGAGGAGUGAUUGUUAAGCCUACCUGGGUAAUCACAGCUUCUCACUGUCUGGAGAAGCUUUUGGCCAAGUUUCUAAAGAUCGUAGCAGGUGAACACGACAUUGAUGUGAACGAAGGCUCAGAGCAGACAAUAGAAGUGGAGGAGAUAAUCAUGCAUCCCAGCUACGUCCCAGAAACAGCAGACAGCGACAUCGCCCUUCUGCGCCUGCGCCGCCCUAUUGUAUACAGCAAUUAUGUUGCACCCGUGUGCAUUCCUCGCAAAAAGCUGGCUGAAAGGGAACUUUGGGCCAUCCAUAUGCACACGGUCAGCGGGUGGGGGCGGCGCAGCGAAGGUGGGCCUACUUCACGUGUGCUCCGAAAGCUGGAUGUGCCACGUAUCCGCACGCAAGACUGCAUCCAGGAAAGCAACAUCUCACUGACUGCUAACAUGUUCUGUGCUGGUUACAUCGAGGGUAAACAGGACUCCUGUAAGGGGGACAGUGGUGGACCUCUUGUGACCCAUUACAGGAACACCACGUUUCUCUUAGGUGUUGUGAGCUGGGGGAAAGGAUGUGCCCGACCGGGACACUACGGCAUAUACACACGCGUGUCCAAUUACCUAGAGUGGAUCCACAAGCACAUCUCAGCCCCUGCUGUCAAUCCAAAAAAAACAACAUAGGAUAAGUUUAUGACCCUGUUUGCACUUCUGAUUAAUUUCUUCUGGGUUAAAUCAUAUUAGGAUACAAUCUACAUACAGUUAGGUCCAUAAAUAUUUGGAAUUGGUUUGGAAUUGGUCUGCAUGCCACAACACUGGAUUUUAAAUUAAAGAAAUGAGAUGUAAUUGUAGUGUAGACUUCCAGGUGUAAUUCAAAUGAUUGAACAAAAAUAUCUUAGAAAGCAUUUAGGAAUUACAACCAUUUUUCUACACAGCCUCCUCAUUUCAGUGGCUCAGACGUCAGUGGACAAAUAAACUCAAAUGCUAUUUUAUAGGUUCCAUGGGAUAUUUUUUCAUUAAUCUAUCAUCAGUUUAAAUGUCUGGAGAUGAUUCCAGGUGUUUCAUUCGCAUUUGGAAGCUGUUGUUGUGAACCCACAACAUGCGGUUAAAGAAGUUAAAGAAAGUAAAACAGACCAUCAUUAGGCAUAAAAAAGAAGAAACCCAUCAGAGUGAUAGCGAAAUGAUAGUUAAAUGUGAAAUGUUUGGAUUGGCCAAAUUAACAGUUUGGUACAUUCUGAGAAAAAAGAGUGCAUUGUUGAACUCUGGAACUCAAAAAGCCCUGGACCUUCACAGAAGACCACAGUGGGGGAUGAUUACAGAAUUCUUUCCCUUAACAGCAUCCAUGUAAACAACACUCUCCAGAGUAUCAGUAUCUCAGUCUAGUAUAAAGAAAGGCCUUAAUGAAAGUGAAUACAGAGGGUUCACCACAAGCUGCAUUUCAUUAAUAGUAAGACCACAUUAGACUUUACCAAAAAACAUCUAAAAAGCCAGCCCAAAUCUGGAACUAAGACAAACCUGUACUAGAAUAAUGGGAAGAAGAAGAUAAGGAGAAGGCCUUUUAAAUACUUUACACAAAGUUCACCACAUCCUCUGUAAAAUGUGGUGUGAAACAAUCCAAAAAAACUGUGAAACAAUCCCAGCAGUUUGUUAAAGUAAUGAAGUGGAAUAUUCUGUAGUGAUUGAGUCAAUCACCAGGUCUGAACCCGAUCAAGCAGCAUUUUACUAAUUUAAGACAAAACUAAAGACAGAAAGACCCACAACAACUGAAGAUAGCUACAGUAAAGAUCUGGCAAAGCAUCAUAAAGGAGAAAACCCAGUAUUUGGUGAUGUCCAAGGGUUCCAGACUUCAGGCAGUCACUGCCUGCAAAGGAUUCUGAGCAAAGUAAUAAAAGAUCAUUAAAAACUACAUUUCAAACACUCUCCCGUGCUCAGUACAGUGAUUUUAACCAUUUUUUCUCUCAUUUAUUCAAUUAAACAGGUGUAAUUAAAUGUGCAGUUGGUUCACUGUUCUUUAAGCAUUGAUGGAAAUCUUGAUAUUACUAAAAAGUAUAUUGUCAAUAUGAUAAGAAUAUAUGUCAUGAUAAAAUAAAAAAGUAAUUUUUUCAACCA